ACAGCAGCUGAUCCAGCUGAUAAUAAUUAUUAUUUAUUGUUCAACAAGAGGACACGUGAAUUUAUUUAGCAUAUAAUUGUUUAUUGUUUAUUGUAUUACUAAAAUGUCAACUAAAUUAUUGACAAGAUUAUUGACGAGAAAUACUGUCAAUCAUGUUAGUUUUAUGAAAUUCAAUACAACUAGAAUAAAAUUAAAAAAUGAAGAUAUUUUAAAGAAAACAAUUAUACCAGAGCCAGUUAGUGGUAUGCAUCAAGCAGCGGUAUUAAAAUCAUUUAAUGAACCACUUGUUAUUGAGAAUAUUGAACCAGUUAAAGUAUCAAACGAUAAUGAGGUUUUGAUUGAUGUACACUAUUGUGCACUAAAUGGACCUGAUGCAUUGUUAGCAAAAAAUAAUCACACAUUUGAGCCAGCUUUGCCAAACAUACUGGGCUAUGAAAUUGCUGGUAAACUUGUAGAAGUUGGUGGUGAAGCUAAAAAAAAUGGUUUUAAAAUUGGUGAUAAAGUUGUUGCUCUUAAUAAAACAAAAUUUGGAGGUUUUAAAAAUCAAUGCAUAGCAGAAAUGAGUGAUAUUUGGAAAGUUCAAUCAUCAGAUAAACUACUGGAUUCUGUGUGUUUACUUGAAAAUUAUAUGACAGCAUUGAUUGGUUUAGAUAAAAAAGCCAACUUGCAAGAAGAUGAAAUGGUGCUGAUAAAUGUUGGUCUUGGUGGUAUUGGAUUGGCUGCUGUUGAUAUUGCUGUUAAUGUAUUUAGAGCCCAAGUUAUUGGUGUCAGUGCAUCAGAAGAAAAAGCAGCAAUGGUACGUGAUAAAGGUGCAUUUGCAUCAUUAAAAUAUGAUGAUAAAAAACUUGUCAAAAAAAUUGUUGAAUUUGCUGAUGAAAGAGAUAUUGAAGAUGUUUUUGAUGGACCAGAAGGAGAAAAAUUCAAAAAAAUGUUAGACUGUUUUACAAAAGUAUACGAAGAAAAGUAUCAAACCAAUAUGUUGAGAGAUGAUAAUUUUGAUGUUCUUGUUGAGCAUUUAUCACGAGAAGGUCGAAUGAUACUUGCUGGUUUUACAGCUAAAAAUGGUAAAAAUGGUUCAGAGAAAAAAACUGAUGAUGAUGAAGAUGAAAAAAAAAAUUCUUUUGUUCCAAGUGGAAUUAAUCUUCUUAAAUACAAAUCAAUUGAUUUCGAAGCAUACAGAGAGGCGGGUCAAGAUGUCUUGCAAUACUACGAUGAGGGCUUGAUUAAACCAUCAUAUUCCCUAAUUACUGGACUUUACAACAUAAACGAUGCACUGAAAUGCACAACAGACAUGAAAUGCUUUGGAAAAGUAAUUAUUGACUUGAAACAUCCAGAUCUUGAGACUAAACAAACUUCAAAUAAUUAGUAACUAUAUAUAAAAAUUGAACAAAAAAAAAAAUAUAUUUAUUUAUUACCUUUGGUGAAUAAAUAAUAAAUAGUUUUUUAAAUUUA